GCUGCUAACGGCUGCGGCCGACAAGAUGGCCGAGUCGCUGCCGCAGACGCCGAGCAGGCACGAGAAGAGCCUGGGGCUCCUCACCACCAAGUUCGUGUCUCUGCUGCAGGAAGCCAAGGACGGCGUGCUCGAUCUCAAAGUGGCGGCAGACACACUGGCUGUGCGGCAGAAGCGUCGAAUUUAUGAUAUCACCAAUGUUUUGGAGGGAAUCGGGUUGAUUGAGAAGAAAUCAAAGAAUAGCAUUCAGUGGAAAGGGGUGGGCCCAGGCUGUAACACACGAGAGAUCGCGGACAAACUCAUUGACCUGAAAGCGGAGAUAGAGGACCUGGAUCGGCGGGAGCAGGAGCUGGACCAGCAGCGAGUCUGGGUUCAGCAGAGCAUUCAGAAUGUGACAGAUGACAUCGAGAACAGCAGAUUAGCAUAUGUGACACAUGAAGAUAUGUGCCGAUGUUUCAAAGGUGAUACACUGUUAGCGAUCCAGGCACCCUCAGGCACACAGCUGGAAGUGCCGAUUCCUGAGGGGGUUCCAAACGGAGUGAAGAAAUACCAGAUCCACCUGAAAAGCACAACCGGUCCCAUUAAUGUGUUGUUGGUGAACAAAGACACUUCCUCCUCCAGUCCAGUUGUUGUGCCUGUGCCCCCACCUGAAGAUCUCAUUCAGUGCCCUCCCACAGUGCACACCACCCCACAAAGGCCUAUCCUAGCCAGCAACCAAGAGGCGGAAACUAGAUCCCCAGCCCGACCUGCCUCUCCGUCCCCUGCCCCUCAGAUACCUCCCCACCCGCCCAGAGCAGCGACACCCACAGUACCCACUGCGUCACCUCAAGAGCCCCAAAACAGCACCAGCGGUGUCUUAAGCCUCGAGCCCCUCAACCUGCUCCCGACGUCUGCCUGUCAGGCUGCAACCAUGGAGACGCAGCCUCUAGAAUCUUCCGCUUCGUUGGACAGCAGCACGUCUUUGUCCAAUCCCAAUACUUCCUUCGUUCCAAUCAAAUCUGAAACUUCAGUGGAACUGGAAUUUCCUAAAGAAUUAACAGAGAUGUUUGACCCCACUAAAGAAUGUAUGGAUUCCGACCUGAUAGAUGAGCUCAUGUCUUCAGAAGUUUUCGCUCCUCUGUUGAGGCUUUCUCCACCCCCUGGAGACCAUGACUAUUACUUUAACCUCGAUGACAGCGAAGGCGUUUGCGACCUCUUUGACGUACCCAUUCUGAACCUUUGACCUUUCUCUGGUCUUGGUAACCUGGCAGCUAUGUAUAAAACUUUUAAAGGAACGUCUUUUUAACAAAAAGGAAAAAAAAUGUACAAACAAAAGAAAUGGCAUCUUUUGCAAUUCUACAUGGAUCUCCAAGAGUGCAUGAACACUUGAAGCGAUAAUGAAAAGGGCAAGUUGUCGAUGAGUGUUUCUGGAAUGUUUGGCGUUUUGUUUCUGUUUCUGUGCUUAACCUUUGAAGAGAAUGUUGAAGAUUGUUCUUCAGCCCAGGGCCAAGUACAAUCUAGUUUUUGUUAUAUUUGUGGCUGGCAGCUCAGGUGCUGCUUCAGUUACCCAGGGAGUGGACACAUGGGCUUGUGCAAAAUACCAGUGUGGUUCCAGGUGCAAGAUGCCAUUCCAAGUCACCAACUCAGAUUAAUAUGUUCACCAUAUUGUCAGGAUUUGAGCCCUCCUUCCUCGACUCAGUGGAUGGUGCUACUGACAUUAUCAGUCUCCUUCCAUCGGCUUUGAACAAGUGACAUCUUCAAGUAGAAUUGUCCAUUUCGAGUCAGUUAUAAGGAUGUCAGUUUUACGUUAACGGGGUUGUUUCAAACCUCCAGAUUUCAGGGUCAGGGUCAUCAGCUGAAAAUUCGACACUGUCCCAAGAUCUCCAAAUUUUCCACUUCUUUUCUUUCUACCUGAUGCAUCUCUCCUCAUGUGGUAUGUGGUUUUAGCUCACCAAACACACCACGCAUGUAUUAAACAAAUUAUGCUUGUCUUAUCUGAGUGGGACCUGCAAAUCUGGAAUGGUCUGAAUGAGGGAGGAGUGGGAAGCAGUUCCAAACGCUAUGGGCAUUGUCUUCCUGUGUUUUGCUGUGUUAAUUGACCCUCCAAGAAGGUUGUUGUGUCUGAAUUAGCCCAGAGAAAAUUGCACUAUCAGAUGCAAAGGGCUCAAGUUGUUGGUAUUGGGGGUCCUUUUAACGCUGCGGAGCUCGGUAUUGGGCUGCUUCUUGGAAAUCUGCUACUUGCCAUAAGGACAAUUCUUCUCGUGUGAGACGUUUUCAAAAUGGAUGUGUGCCUGUGGCAAUUUUGUUUAAUGUUCACUCACUCAAGGCAUUUUGACCUGAUGGAUAUCUCCUCUGAUUGAGGCACCUCCAGUUGGCUGCCGAAGCUGCACCAAGUGGCCUCUUACAGCUAAACCCUCGCAAACCGACUUUUAUUGCCGCCAUCCAACUUCCACUUUAUGGAGGGAGGAAUGUGGAUUGUUGUCACUGUAUCUUUUGUUAUUGCUCAUAAGGUUAAAACAGCUCCUGUCAACCAGAGAAACAUUCUACAUCACGUCUAAAAGCCAAGUUUGCAGUUGCCAAAGUCCAGGCUUGAAUCUUUUAUAUUAAAAAAAGAAACAUUUUUAAAUGUUAAUCCAUCAAUGCAUUGAGGUUGCCUUGUUGCAGCCUCAGUUAGUGGUAAUUCUUUGAGAUUUGUAUACACAGAUCAGGAGCAUUGCUUUUUAUAAAAGUGGAGAGGGUGUGUGGGGGCGGGGGGAGAGUGGGUGAGCAGCCCAACUUUAUGACACUUAAAGUAGCAAUUUAACGCAGACACUGAUCCUCUUAUUUUUGCAGAUGUAGGGAGGCAUGGGGGGUGAGGUUUUGAAAUGUAGUUUGUUUGUGUCCCUAAUCAUGCAUUGAGUAAAUUGCACAGUUUGGCUGCAUAUCACUGCCCUGCCUUAAUUUUGAUUGCAGAUCCCAGUGGUGUGAAUGGGAUCAUCUUCAUUUUUUUCUGCUAAUAAUGAGGGUUUAACUGAGAAGCAGAUUAAAUUAGAAUGUUAUUGACCUGGCUUCUUAAUACUGUUCUUCAAAAUGCAGCCUUUGCCUCAAGGGAGGUAUGCUGUUGAAAUCAGGUGUUAAAUUUGAGUGUGUGUGAACAGAAAUUGGUAGAAGCCUGGGUUAUCUUCAUGUUAGAUUGAUUGUACAUUUACUGCUCCAUGAGACUCGAAAGAUGAUGUUACUUCAUACCAUCAACAGCCAGCUGCAGUCUCGGGGACUUCGCACAUUCUUUCAACAGUGUGUGUUUUUACUUCAUUGCUCCAGCUUCCACCUGCAACCUAAAGAUGUGUUGAUGGGUUAAUUGGUCACUGUAAAUUGCUCCUGGUUUGUAGGUGAGUGAUAGAUUAUUGGGGUAUGGGAAUGCAGAGAGAAUAUUUUUAGAUAUAGGGAUUGUAAGAGCUUGAUGGACAGUGUGGACUGAUCCAAAGAACCUGUUUCUUUGCUGCAUCCAUCUGCCAUUCUAUGUCAACAACUCCCAUCCACCUGAAUUCUUCCCUAUCAGUGGAAAAUCAGUACCAAUUUUCCAACACUACCCAUGAUCACUGCCUUGGAAGCUGCUUGUGUCCGCAGACCUUUGGUGGUAAUUCAGAAAUGUUCCUCUUUCCUUUGCUGAAGAACUGCCUCCGAGCAGGGCUUGCAUUGUGUCUGGGAUUGCUCCUAAUUCAACAGUACCAUACACUAGUUGUCAUUAUUCAAAGCAAUCACAGAAAGGCUAUAAAAGGGCUAAGAGUGGUGAGCGUGUUGGAAGAUGUUGACAAUUGUAGUUGGUGUUAGAGGCCCCCGCUGUUUUACUGGCCUUUUGUAGCCUCUUCUCAAUUUCCAGAUGUGAACCUUUUUACAGCAAUUCAUGCCUUGUCUGUGCUGAAUGACCAAACCCUUAUUCUGUGAUUGUUAUCCCUGGUUUUAACCCCCUCAGAGGAAGAAACUUUGAUCUGUCCUACCUUUAAUAAUGUUGUAUGCCUCAGUGCGAUCACUUCUCAUUCAUCUAAAUACUAAAGAAAUACAGAUCCAGUCUCCUUAGUCUCUCCGUGUACACCAUGCCUCUUUUCCCAGGAAUUUACAUAGAAACAUAGAAAACCUACAGCACAAUACAGGCCCUUCGGCCCAGAAAGCUAUGCCAAACAUGUCCCUAUCUUAGAAAUUACUAGGCUUACCUAUAGCCCUCUAUUUUACUAAGCUCCAUGUACCUAUCUAAAAGUCUCUUAAAAAUUUGUCUGAGCCUUUUGCAUUCCCCCUUUUGCAAGCACAUUUUCUGUGGGAAGGGAGGCCAGAUCUGUUUACUAGAUUCCAGAAGUAAUUGGAAUUAGGAUAUGCAGGUCUUGUGAUUAAUGUAUAGCUAUUACUGCUUUGUUUUUUAAAUCUAGUUCUUCCUGCACGGACUUUAUUUCAAUGGUCUGUUUUAACAUUAGGCUAAUAUUUAAAGUCUGGCAAAAUAACUAUAAGGAAGUUGGACCGCUAGGAAUCUGAAUCAAAUCAGUACAAUAAUGUGGUCCCUGUUGCUCUCGGCACAGAUCCUUUGCUGUGAUGUUCACAUUCUUCUAGGAUGGGUAACAUUGAAAAAAAGUCUAUGUGCACACCUAACUAAUUGUUACUCUUAGCAAGAAAAGUUAAGUAUCCAGGCUACUUUCCCUAUUUGUCCUAUUUGCAGAUCUUCCUGGGAAAGAAAAUAAACAGACUAACAAUCUCUUUUAUUUAUUUGUUUUUAAUAUAAUCAAAUAAUCCUACCUCCUUUGUUAGGUUGUCUAACAUUGUUGGGGAAAUGGAGAUUAUUCAAUGAGCAGCUGGAUUUCAUUUGUCAGAUCUCUCUUAAGUGAAGAUAACUCAUUUGCAGGCAUUUUGUACUCGGAUUGAGGCCUGCAUUGGGUUCCUUAUAUUGGAGAUGGAGACUUCAUUGCCAUGUGUUACAAACCAUCCCAAACUUUAAUGAAAAAUACACUAGUAAACAAUGUAUGUGGAUUUACCAUGUAUUCAAAGAUUAGAUUGAAUGUACAACAACAAAUUACAUAUUCUUGAAAAUAAGGGAGGAAGCCUCACUUGUUUCCUUCAUGGAGAAAUAAAAGGACUUACUGCCUAUUUUGCUCUCCUUCCCAAUCCCUCCCCAAGAAACUAUGUUGCUUGCUGCCCACAUCACACACUUGAAUCUACUGCCACACUCUGAGUUCACACAGACUUCUCACCUCUGCUAAAGGCUUUUGGAUUAUUUUAAUGGUUGCUGCAGUUAGGGUUUAAUGUACGGCAUUGGAUGCUAUGACGGGAUGUAUGAUAACACUUGUUUUUGGUUCUCAAAUAUAAAAAUUAUUUUUGUACUUUUUUGUGUGAGGGUGAAUAUUUGAAAAUCAUAACAUGCCAGUUUUGGACAAAUUACACAAUGCCUUUUGUAAACUGAAAUUCAUCUCAACAUAGCACUUUAGAGAAAUCAGAUGUUUAUAUUGUAUCAUAUGACAACAGAUGGUCAUUCCAUUGUAGGCUGGCUUUGCAAAGGAAGAAUUUCUAUAUUUUCUUGUUUUAAGUGUCUAAAUUAGUUGAGGAAAGCAACUUCAUGUUCAAAAUAUUGCAACUUUAUUGUCAUGUUUGCAAACAUUGUGUUCCUCAGCUUUUGAAUUGUAAUUUUUUUACUCAUUUGUCAUAUUUGUUUAUAAAAAGAUAGGUUAAACAUUACUUUUUGUACCAGACAGCACAUGUGCGUGUAUCCUAUCCAGUGUGUCUCCCAUCACUGCUCUUGUUCUGUCCUGGUGUUAACUGCAGUAAAUUUGCGAUUGUAUAGUACUGUACUUAAUAAAAUUUCUUUU